UUUCCGGAUGCAUGAGAAACAGCGGGUAGUGACUGUCCUCUGAAUGAAAAUGAAAACAGAAUCUUCGUAAGGUACCCCAGUCUUAAAAAAUUGCUAACAGAGCCCGUCCAUUUAUCGAAAGCAGACAAUCUUAGAACUGCAUCCUAUAGAGAACUCCUUCCCUGCUCAGAGAUCUCCCACGACAAACUCAAAAGAAAAAAUUCACUCUUAAACGCCCCCCACCAUUUCCAGAGAAGGAGAUACAGAGAAGAUGGUUAAGAAGAGAGUUUUGGUGGUGGGAGGCACGGGAUACUUGGGACAACACCUAUUGCAAGGCUUUUCAGAGAUCCAAGGUGACCCAUUUGAUCUGGCAUUCACGUACCACUCAAAUCUCCCUCAGGCUUUGCUUGAUGCCCUUCCUUAUUUGCUCGCUUUCCAUGUUGAUCUCAAAACCGGACAAGGGUUUGAAGCCAUUUCACAAACAUUUGGCCAGCCUGAUGUGGUUGUGAAUUGUGCUGCACUCUCUGCACCUCGUGCCUGUGAAAUGGAUCCAUCUGCUGCCAUGUCCAUUAAUGUGCCAUCUUCUCUUGUGACUUGGUUAUCAAAUUUUAAAGAGACUAGUACCCUUCUAAUUCAAUUGUCAACUGAUCAAGUUUAUGAAGGGGUGAAGUCCUUCUACAAGGAAGAAGAUGAAACUGUGCCUGUGAAUGUUUAUGGGGAAUCUAAGGUGGCAGCAGAGAAGUAUGUUUCUGAAAAAUGCUUGAACUUUGCAAUACUGAGAAGCAGUAUCAUUUUUGGGCCGCAGACAAUCUCACCUGUUCCAAAAUCUCUUCCAAUUCAGUGGAUUGAUGGUGUUCUCUCCAAAGGAGAAAAAAUGGAGUUCUUUCAUGAUGAGUUUCGCUGCCCAGUUUAUGUCAAGGACGUUGUGACAAUUAUACAAGUUUUGACGAGCAGAUGGAUGUCAGAGGCGAAGCAAAUGCAAUUGCUACUAAAUGUUGGCGGACCCGAUAGGGUAUCCCGUUUACAAAUGGCCGAGGCUGUGGCACAUAUCAGAGGAUACGACAUCUCCUUGAUCAAGCCAGUGUCUGCAUCAUCGGUUGAUCGAGGCGUCAAGUCCCCAUCUGACAUAUCCAUGAACAUAGACAAGCUAGUUCAGACCCUAACUAUUUCCCCCAUUUCAUUCAUAGAUGGUGUCAGAUUGACACUCACUACUGAAGCUAAAUCUUGAGGCCACCAAGAUCUUGUAAAUUGCAUCCUCAGUGUUGUACAACUGCUACUACCAAGGGUAUAGCAUGAACGAUGAUUCUCAAUGACCCAGUUCCCUCCAAUCGAAGCCAUCAAGUGUUGUAAAUUGCUUUCUAGAAUAAAAGGACAUGAUUUUGUUGUUCUUGGUUAUUUGUUAGAUGAAUUGGAGACUUGAGUCCAAGAAGAAUGA